AUGAGAGUAAAUACAAGUACAAUAGAUAACUUUUGGCUCCUGGGAUUCUCCAGUCUCCCAGGUCUUGAGGGCUUAUUCUUCUCUGCUUUCUUAACCACAUUUGUACUGACCCUGAUUGGGAAUGCCUGCAUAAUUAUUGUCACCAUGGCUGACCAGACACUCCACAACCCCAUGUAUUUCUUCCUCCGGAACUUGUCAUACCUAGAGGUCUGCUAUACGUCAACAAUAAUCCCCAAGAUGCUUCAGAAUCUCCUGUCAGAGGAUAAAACCAUGUCAUUCACUGGCUGUGCUUUUCAGAUGAGUGUCUUCCUCAUCACAGGAGCAGCAGAGUGCUUCCUCUUGGCUGCCAUGGCAUAUGACCGCUAUGUUGCCAUUUGUCGACCCUUGCAUUAUAUGCUUAUCAUGAACAAGAGAGUCUGCUCUGGGCUGGUCACAGCUUCAUGGCUUACUGGAAUUCCAGUACAGCUUGGCCAGACUUUCAUGGUGUUUACCUCCUAUUUCUGUGAUGCCAAUGAAAUCAACCACUUCUUCUGUGACAUCCCUGCUUUGCUCCACCUGGUCUGUGGAGACACAUCCAUAAAUGAACAGAUAGCUCUGGUAGAAGUGGCAUUGCUUGCAGUAAUCCCGUUUGCUUUGAUUCUUAUGUCUUAUAUGCACAUUGCCACUACUAUUCUGAAGAUGCCCUCACUGGAAGGAAGACGCAAAGCUUUCUCAACAUGCUCCUCGCAUCUCAUGGUGGUGGCGGUGUUCUACGGAUCUGGAAUAACUGUCUAUUUGACACCAACAUCAAGCCAUACUCCAGAUGCUGAUAAAUUCCUAUCACUCUUCUACACAGUACUACCACCGUUGCUGAAUCCUCUUAUUUACAGUUUGAGAAAUAGAGUAGUCCAAGUUGCUCUGGGAAAAGUCUUUCUUCUUCUUCCACAGUUCUGUGCAACAAAUACAUAUGAAAAUUAA